AUAUUUUAAUCUACACCCCCGUAAUAAGAAAUGGACUAUUUCUCCCGUGACUUUUUCUCACACGUUGGUCUAAAUCCUGAAACUUGUCUCCGUUCUCGGUCUAGGAUUGUUGCUGGGGUUUCAAAAUGGAGAAAGAGCUGGAUAAACACCUGGAGGAAACGAUGAACACCCACGGUGUACUGGGUACCCUGUGUGCUGACCAACAUGGCCUGUGUCUGGGAGCCAAAGGCUCAGUGUCCACUGACGCAGCCGGAAUGGUCACCCGGCUGUCCGAGCUGGCCGGGCAACUGGACCCAUCCUCGGAAGAGGAUCCAAUCGUCUGCAUCGAGUCAGACGCGUCGACCUUGAUGAUCAAAAAGCAUGAUGACGUCACAAUGGCGAUACACAAGGCCAAAGUACCAACAUAGUUCCACAGGAUCCAGAGAUUCUACCAUACUGUACAGGGUUAUUAUGACCAACUUAUUGAGUACAUAUAUCAAUGUUAUGAUAGUAAGAUGGAACUAGAAUAUGUUGAUGCCCCAAUGACAUAGCUUCUUUUGAAACAACAGUAUGUCCAUGUUAAAGGAAGUACCAAAGUGACUUUGUUUUUAUUUUUGAGCAGUCAUAUUUUCAAUAUGUACCUGUAAAGAACAACCAUGAUGCUGUUCUCAUUUCUAUAUGACCUACAAUAUUGAUAGCAAUACCCUUUCUGUCUAAAAGGGGAGGUGGGUACAUUGAAGAGGUUGGGGCAGAUAUUAAGUGGCCCUGAAUAAAUAGUCAAGUUUGAAUGUUCUGAUUUCACACAUACUGACCUAGGUGUGAAAAUGUGAAGUUUGACCCAGCAUAUUUGUACAUGUACAUGACUGUAAAGAUGCUUAUUGGUGAUGAAACUGUGCUCUGUUACAUUGUCUGAAAAAUAUUGCUAGCUAUAGGGGUAUCAAUGGAAAGCCUAUUUAGUACUGGUUGAUAAGUAAUCUUACUCUGAUUAGCAAGAACCUGUUCCUUUCAAAAUUGGUGAUACAUAUAUUUUUUCUGGUCUCCCCUGUAUUUUACACAGUCCAGACAGCUAGAAUUAGGAGAAGUUUCCCUGAUGCAACACGUCAAAAACAGUCGGAGCCAAACCUCUGCUUGGAGAGUAAUGUAUGUCAUCAAUAUC